UUUUUGAUACCUAACUCAGCUCAAGCAUAUCGUAAAUAUUUAGAGGCUCGAAAGCUAUUUAAAGUAGAAGAAGCUAAAUAUCUGCUUGUUUUAUUUAAACUAUUAAAAUCUGUUUCUGAAGAAUCAGAUUAUAAAAAUGCUUUUGUAACAUAUGAUAAAAUUAAAGAUGAAG